CUUCCAGCGGGCAGAGCCGGGGGAGCCCCGGGCGGGCGGGCGGGGAGACGACCACUUUCAGCGGGCAGCGCCGGGGCGACCGCGGCGCAGGGCACGCAGCAGGCGACGGCCGCUUCUCCACAGCCGGCCCGUCCGCCGGGCCUGCGGCGGCAGCGCCACCACCCGUCAGAGCCCGAGCCCGGCGCCCUCAUGGCCGCGGCGAAGGCAGAGAUGCAGCUGCUGCCCCCGCUGCAGAUCUCCGACCCCUUCGGCGCUUUCCCGCACUCGCCCCCCGCCAUGGAUACUCACUAUCCCAAGCUGGAGGAGAUGAUGCUGCUUAGCGGCGGUGGCCCGCAGUUCCUUGCCCCACCCGGGGCGCCCGAGAGCGCGGGCUUCGGCGCCGCCGGGGAGCCCGGGGAGCAGCACUUCGAGCACCUCGCCGCAGACACUUUUCCCGAGAUCUCUCUGAACAACGAGAAAACCCUGCCAGAAACCAGCUACCCCAACCAAACAACGCGACUGCCACCAAUAACAUACACGGGGCGCUUCUCCCUAGAGCCGGCCCCCAACAGUAGCAACACCUUAUGGCCAGAACCCCUUUUCAGCCUCGUCAGUGGGCUGGUGGGCAUGGCUAAUGCACCUCCCACCUCUACGCCUUCUUCAUCAUCGCCAUCCUCUUCUUCGCAGAGCCCCCCUCUGAGCUGUUCUGUCCAAGCCAGUGAGACCAGUCCAAUUUAUUCAGCUGCACCAACUUUUCCCAAUUCCAAUUCUGACAUUUUCCCUGAACCGCAGACCCAGUCCUUUCCCAACCCCUCUGGAGCCCCCAUCCAAUAUCCACCUCCAGCUUAUCCAACUGCUAAAACCAACUUUCAGGUGCCAAUGAUCCCGGAUUACCUGUUUCCUCAGCAACAGGGUGAGCUCAGUCUUGUUCCAGCUGAUCAGAAGCCCUUCCCAGCCCUUGAGACCAGAGCACAGCAGCCUUCCCUCACGCCACUGUCCACUAUUAAAGCGUUUGCUACUCAGACUGGCUCCCAAGAAUUGAAGACUCUCAACACUAACUAUCAGUCCCAGCUGAUCAAGCCCAGCAGGAUGAGGAAAUACCCAAACCGUCCCAGCAAGACCCCUCCUCAUGAGCGACCCUAUGCUUGCCCAGUGGAAUCCUGUGACCGGAGGUUCUCGCGGUCCGAUGAGCUAACGCGGCACAUCCGCAUCCACACGGGACAGAAACCUUUCCAGUGCCGCAUCUGCAUGCGGAAUUUCAGUAGGAGCGACCACUUGACAACGCACAUCCGCACACACACAGGAGAGAAGCCAUUUGCCUGUGACAUUUGUGGCAGAAAGUUUGCCAGAAGUGAUGAGAGGAAGAGACACACUAAAAUCCACCUUAGGCAGAAGGACAAGAAAGUGGAGAAGGCAGCUCCGGUCUCAACCGCUUCCCCAGUUCCUGCCUACUCAUCUUCUGUGACUACAUCAUACCCUUCCUCCAUUGCCACCACUUACCCCUCUCCAGUGCGCACAGUGUAUUCUUCCCCUGCUCCCUCUUCAUAUCCCUCCCCUGCACACACCACAUUCCCAUCUCCUUCUAUAGCAACCACAUACCCAUCUGGCACUGCCACUUUUCAGACCCAAGUGGCCACCUCCUUUUCAUCUCCAGGGGUCACCAACAAUUUCAGCUCACAGGUGACCUCAGCACUUUCAGACAUGACAUCAGCCUUUUCUCCAAGGACAAUUGAGAUAUGCUGAGAUUACCUUCUGGAACAGGAGAAUUCACCUUUUUCAUUGGUGUUAUCAGACAUGGAGUCUCCAACUACUCCCCCGACAUCAUGCGUUGCAAGGCUAUUUAACUUUUCUUUAAACUUCAGCUGCCUGAAACAACUGCCAUUUAAGUUUUCCACCUCUGUCGAAUGACUUAAUUUGCAUGGACUGUGGAUAUAAGUUCAGUAUAUUUUCCCCCCGUAAACAAUAGUCUUUUAUUAGGAAGAAAGGACUUUUGAUUAAGUAUAUAGCUGAUGUAAAUUGUACAUGUGCCAUGGUUUUGCUUUCCUUUAGGUACUAUUGAUGUGACAAAUCUUUGCAUAUCCAUAUUGUAUUAUUUGGAGUUUGCAGGGCCAUAUUUUGUAAAUGUUAAUUCUGUUUCAGUGACAAUGCUACAAUAAGUUUCAAACUUCUUUGGGAACAGCACUUACUGUAUUUGAGCAUGUUAGAGUGAUGCUAUGUAAAUAUCACCUGAUGAGACACUCA